GAGUCUGACGGUCAUCCAAGUCUUAGUGAUCAGCGUGCAGCGUGCGAGGUCAUGGCGAAUACUACAAUUAUGUCGCGUCCCUUGGAUCUUGUAUACUUUAUGUUCUUCUUGCUUCACAUACCUGCAACACUUUUCAUCGAUCUCCAAGCGCUCUAUCCACCGUCGCUGGUGCCUCGAGCUAUCAGUGGUCUCCCACAGCUUUACAUCCGAAUGUCCGGUGAUCCGCUGGUUGGCGGUGUAAUGGGACUUCAAGGACAAAGCAGUCAUUUUAUUUGGUUCAAGUCAUUUUUAGUGGUCGAAGCAUUUUUCCAAUUACCCGUCUUUGUUCUUGGCGCGCGGGGUCUUUGGACGGGUUCACAUUCGAUAUAUAUCCUUCUAUUAAUUUAUGCCGCUUCGACCACAACGACUACUCUGCCUUGUCUUUCAGUGCUCCUUUACACCCCAAUUACGUCCCCUCAAACAGUUGCACAAGGAGUCGUUUCUAUAUCAUUUGCUCAAAGGCUAUUGCUACUUACUAGUUACCUACCAUUUUUCUUUGUGCCACUUGUGAUGACUUUCGACAUGGCUUCACGUGUGCUGAAACUUGCCAACGUCGGGGCUGCAAUAAAAGAUGCAGAGAAGGCGAAAUAGAAUGUUGGCGUUUCUAGAAUUACAGCGCUUGUGCAACACUAUCGUUGGACAGCUAUUGCAUACGGUAUUGGAUAUCGUCUUGGGCAUAGACUCAAUGAUUGUUCUAGAAGUAGCCAACAUUUGCCAGAGCUAGAUCAUAAUGAAUAAAUCAACGAAAUAAUUUU